CACGCGCAGUGCGCAAUGGUCCACCAGGGGAGCCUUCUCGCGUCGCGUCACUCACCUCUCGCGAGCGGGCCGGGCUGCGAAGUGUCGCUCGUGCCCCCCGUCUCUAUAGUGCGUCCGCCAGGUCUGACCAUGCUGUGGUUACCGGCGCGCUGCCUUCUCCGCCCACCGCGGCGGCCGCUCGCGGCCCCUCCCCGGCGGCGAAGCUCCGGGCCCGGCCGCCGCUGGCUUCUCACCACCCCGAUCUUCUACGUGAACGGGCCGCCGCACAUCGGGCACCUCUACUCGGCGCUGCUGGCCGACGCCUUGCACCGACAUCGGGGCCUGCUGGGGCCGGGCCCGGGCCGCCUCGCCACCGGGACUGACGAGCACGGGCUGAAGAUCCAGCAGGCGGCGGCAGCGGCCGGGACGUCUCCCCCGGAGCUCUGCGCGCAGGUGUCCGGCCUGUUCCGCGACCUCUUCUGCCGGGCUGCCGUCUCCUUCACCGACUUCAUCCGCACCACGGAGCCGCGCCACCGCCGGGCGGUGCAGUGCUUCUGGGCGGCGCUGCAGGACCGCGGGCUGCUCUACAAGGACUUUUACGAGGGCUGGUACUGCACCCCGGACGAGUGCUUCCUGACCCAGGCCCAGAUCACCGAGCGCCCCGACGCCCAGGGCCGCCCCUGCAAGGUCUCGCUGGAGAGCGGCCAUCAGGUGCACUGGACCAAAGAGGAGAAUUACAUGUUCAAGCUGUCUGAAUUUCAAGAGCCGUUACGGAAGUGGCUCCAGGGGAAUCGGCACGUAAUCUCCCCAGAGCCCUUCUACCAGGUGGUGCGCCGGUGGCUGGAAGAGGACUUGCCAGACCUGUCUGUCUCCCGUGAGAGAAGCCGAUUACAGUGGGGUAUCCCUGUCCCUGGUGAUUCAACACAAACCAUUUAUGUGUGGGUAGAUGCCUUGGUGAACUAUCUGACCGUAGCGGGUUACCCUGAUGCACACCAUGCCUGGUGGCCAACUGCUCACCAUGUUGUUGGCAAGGACAUCCUCAAGUUCCAUGCCAUCUACUGGCCAGCAUUACUCAUGGCUGUGGGGCUUGAUCCUCCAGAGCAGAUCUGUGUGCACUCCCAUUGGACAGUCCAUGGGCAAAAGAUGUCGAAAAGCCUGGGCAAUGUGGUGGAUCCAGUGGCAUGUUUCAAGCAGUACACGGUGGAUGGCUUUAGGUACUUCCUGCUAAGGCAAGGUGUCCCUGAGCGAGACUGUGACUAUUACGAGGAGAAAGUUAUUAAGCUGGUGAAUUCUGAGCUGGCAGAUGCGCUUGGGGGGCUUCUCAACCGCUGUACAGCCUCUAGCAUCAACCCCAGUGGGAUUUACCCACAUUUCUCAGAGUCUUGCUUUCGAAAGGGCUCUGACCACGUGGAUGUGGAAGCCUCAGGUAGGGCUUUGGCUGAGGACUACGAGCUGGUAGAAUCAGUUGAUCACCUGCCUCUCCAGGUGACUGAUUAUUUUGAACACUUCCAAAUAUACAAGGCUUUAGAAUCCAUUGUUGCGUGUGUGAGGCAGACCAAUGGCUUCUUCCAGAGACACGCACCCUGGAAGCUGUGCCGAGACAACCCUGCAGAGAAGUGCUGGCUUGACACAGUCCUUCAUGUGACUCUGGAAUGUCUGCGGAUUUACGGGAUUCUGCUGCAGCCAGUGAUUCCAGCCACUGCGGACAAGUUACUUUCCAGGCUGGCUGUUAAGCCUGAGGAAAGGACUUUCACAGACUUGACCUUUCUGCCUCGCUACCAUGGAAAGCCGAGUCCCUUUGAAGGAAGAAGACUUGGCCCUGACACGGGGGCCUUAUUUCCUAGGCUGGAAACACCAGGAAGGCGUCGGAUGGAAACCAAAGGCCUUAGACUUUGACAAAUGACUGCUGUGAAUAAAACCUCCAGGGACACACCGAA